GUGGCUUUCUUUUUUCCAGAGAACUGCUGACUCAGAGUAUUGAUCGGGACCUCAUAUCGAACGAAGGAUGUUCGAUUGUGAAUAUCGUUGUCGACAUGUAGGUGGCUGGCCAGGUAUGGGUCACAGUGGGGCCGCUAGAAUAGGCAAGGUGAAUUUAACGCAAACUGCUGCUGUGGAAUGGGCCAAAUAUGGGUAUCGUGUGAACGCUGUCGCUCCAGGAUGGAUUGCCUCGAGUGGGUUUGACGCGUACUCAGAUCCUCACAUGAAAAAUAUGAUACCAAAACUUGGAGGUACUUUGCCUGUUAAUCGCUUGGGAACUGAAUCCGAGUGCCGCAGUUUGCUGCUCGGUGAAGGGUCUGCUUUCAUUACUGGUACAUCCUUGCAAGUAGAUGGUGGUCGGCCGUUGAACAAUCACCCUAUUAUGGCACCCCCGGCACAGCACGACAAUAAUAAGCCUUUCACAGGUAACAUUCUACUUUGA